AGCUUCAUCGUUAUGCUUAGAUUUUAACACUUCUUUAUACACUCUGAAAGUUACACUUCUUUAUACACUUCUUCACAAGUAGGAAAGGAGAAACCAAACAAACCGUAAUUAUACAGAUAUUAGUAUAAUCACGGAAUAUAAUAUUCUUCAUUUUAUAUCAGAUCUUCAACAAAGAGAAAAUUAUCACAAGAAGUGAAGGUGAAGCACUAUGCUGUUUUCUUCUUCAUACACUUAUAGACCAACAAAGUGCAAGUAUAGUUGGAAUUUCAAGCUCAACGCACACAUAUUAGGAACAGAACCAUGGUACUGAAUAUAGUUUGCAUGUUGUGCACAUAGUUGGAAUUUCAUUACUAAUGCUUCUCUUACUUUUUGUUUCUUAAAUGUGCUUCUUAUAUGUGCAGAUAGUUAGAAUGCACAAAUAUAAGAUUUGUGCACCAUGCCCAACCCACAAAAUUUUGGAUAGGUGGCGGUUUUGGUGGGGUUUGAUUACCUACUAAAAUUAAAUCAAUAAUAAAAUGAAACAUAUUUUAAUAGAAAAUAUUGGUUUUAUUGUUUUUGCUGAAUACAUCCCCCAAAUCUGAAAAUGCAGAGAAGCAAUUCACACUAACAACAUGUCACCCCUCAUCAUGAAUCUCACUUCAGUUUCCUUUUCCCUCUUCCUUCACUUGAAUCUCACAUAGGAGCACCAUGAAAAUACAAGCCUCUCCAUUGAUGUUCAGAUUUUCAGAAAUUGUUACUCACCAUUAACCUACACAUUAACUUAUAUUUCAUCUUCUUCAAUGACAUUGUUCAAUUAUAUUUAACUUUCCAUUGAUGUUUGGAGAUUGCAACUUAGUUUGGUUUCUAGAUCUGAAUUCAUAGAAGUUGUGGGUUGAUUUGUGAAACUUGAAGGUAUGUGUAUAAGAAUUUGUUGAAAUGCAUUUUGAUGUAUGGUUGUUGAAUACUGGUAGUAAUUUUCAUUCUUGAAAUGCAUUUUGAACAAGCUGGUCACCAUUGAAGUUGUUGUUCUUGAGUGUUCAACAUUUUAGAUUUUCACUUUUUUGUUCUUCAGUAACGCGCGGUCGUGCGAAAUAGGGACACGGCCGUGUUGGUUUGCACUGGAAAAUUAAGCAGCCGCUUGAUGCUUGUAGACACACGGUCGUGCAUUAUAUUGGCGCGGUCGUGCGCUAGUUACUGACACUGAAUGUUCAUUUUUUUUUCUACUAGUAUACCCAACUUUGCUUUCCUGCUGUGUUUCGCUAUCCAAGUGAUUGUAUCUAAUUCAAAUGUUGUAUCUAUUAUGCACAACAAAAUGGAUAUGGAUGAAAUUCUAGAAAUUUUCGAACUUUCAAAUGCAAGCAACAUAGCUGGGGAAACCAACAUAGGUUUGGAAGGUUUAGAGAACAUGGGCAGUAGCUCUUGUUCGGAGAGUGUUGUAUGUUCCUCAGAUGAUCAUAUGGAAGACACGUACAAUUCGAUGUAUGGGUGCAAUUUUGAUGAUGAAUAUGCGGUUGAUUGCACGAAUGACUUUGACAAAAUUAAUUUUAAGGAAUUAAUCUAUGAUGAAAUUAUGAUGUACCAUUUUUCGGAUCGUCUAGUUGCAUUCAAGUUUUAUAAUAUGUACAGUUGUGUAUGUGGGUUUGAAGGUAGAAGAUGUCGUUUUGUUAAGAACAAGGAUGACGAUGUUAUUCAACAAACCUUUGUUUGUCACAGAGAAGGUCACCGAUAUGCAAGGGAUGACAAUAAGCCGUAUAGAAAAAGAGUGCAGAAGCCAACUAGUAGGUGUGGGUGUAUGACAAGUAUUCAAGUACACGUUGACUAUGGUAGUGAACGGUGGUACAUAAAAAUGUUUGACGAUGUACAUAAUCACUCAUUUUUGGAUAAUAAGUAUGAGGGGAUGCUACCUGCACAUAGAAAGAUGAGUGAUUAUGACAAAUAUCAAAUGAAAGCAACGAGGAAAGCUGGCAUUCCUACAUCACGUAUCUAUGGUUUUUUUGUUUCACAAGCUGGUGGAUUCAAAAAUCUAGGAUAUUCAAGAAGGACCAUGUACAAUGAGCAAUUCUAGGAUAGGGAGACGAAGAGUUCUAAUGCAGAGGAAGGAGUUGAAUUUCUGAAGGGGUUGUCUAGUACAGACGAGAUGAUGUACUGGAAGCACACUGUUAAGGAGGAUAGAUCACUUCGACAUUUAUUUUGGUGGAAUGGUGUUAGCCGAAUGGACUACACGGUGUUUGGAGAUGUUUUGGCAUUUGAUGCUACUUAUAAGAAAAUUAAAUAUAACACACCGUUAGUUAUUUUUUCCAGAAUAAAUCAUCACAAUCAAAGUGUAAUAUUCAGCAGUGUAAUUGUUAGUGAUGAAACUGAGGAAACUUAUGUGUGGCUCUUGCAACAAUUUCUUAAGGCAAUGGACGGAAAGGCACCUAUGUCGGUUAUAACCGACUGAGAUUUAUCUAUGAGAAAUGCUAUUAGAACAGUAUUUCCAAAUGAUCAUCAUCAUUUGUGUGCCAAGCACUUGGCAAGAAAUGCUGCAAGCAAUAUCAAAACUCCACAAUUUGUCCCGAAGUUCAAACAAUGUAUGUUUGGUGAUUUUGAUAUCGAAGAGUUUGAAAGUAGAUGGGAGAAUUUCUUUGGUGAAUUUGGGUUGGAAAAUAACAAGUGGAUUCAUGAGCUGUAUGAGAAGCGGAAUCAAUGUUCAACUGCCCACAUUUGGGGUACAUUCUAUGCUGGUUUUAGAACAACCUCAAGGUGGGAAGGUCUUCAUUCUGAAUUUGGAAAAUAUGUUAGUGUGUUGUCAAAUCUGAUAGAUUUUUUAAAUCAUUUUCUCCGGUGGCUGAAUUAUGAGAGAUACAGAGAAAUAGAGGCGGAUUAUGCAUCUUUCUUUGGUGAAACCGUUUUGCAAACUCAACAUAAAAGUUUAGAGAACUUAGCUGCAAAAAUCUAUACAAGGUCAGUUUUCAAGCUUUUUAGGUCUGUAUUGGAGAGAGCUUGUCGUUGUAAAAUCGAAGAAACUGUGUGCAAUAGUUCCAUUUAUAAUUGUAAUAUUUUCAAAUACCCUAGAUAUGACAUUCAUUGGACUGUUUCAUAUUUUCAAGAACGAGUAACAUUUGAAUGCUCUUGCAAGAGAUUGGAGACAUUUGGUAUUCCUUGUGAACAUCUCAUAGAUGUUUAGUGUAUAUGAACAUAAGAAAAUUGUCGGAAUCUGUUGUGACGGAACGAUGGACCAAACGUGCUAAAGAUGUAAUCAAUGCCCAAAAUGCUAAUAGUUCAAGUCAUCGGGAUCCUGGUUUUUUAACUACGUAUGUUAUGUUUGUGGAGCGUUGUAAGAGGAGGGCAAACACCAUGUUAAAAUGUGGCAAUCCAGAUUAUAUACACAAAACCAUGAAAAUUGUUGAAAAACACACCGAGACAUUGGAAUCAUUUAACAGUGGUGAAGUUGAUAAGGUGUUUGGUGUGGGUCCAGAGACAGGAAGAAGUUUAAGUAAUUCGCAGCAGCUUAGGAAAAGAGGUGGAGCAGCAGCCGUUUGUUCAACUCGAAAUGCAAAUGCGAAAAAAAAAAACGGAACACGCCGAAAUGUGGAGUAUGUGGA